CAUCAUGGACUACGCGGCGGUAAGGCUGCAGUAUUCUCUCAUUGGCAAAGACACCACGCGGCCGUCGCAUCGUGAUUCGGACUUUAAAGUGGCUCAAUGGACUUUAGGAACCUGAGGAUGAAGUUGACAGGACGGAUCGAGGCCAUUGCAUCAUAGAAAAGCCGAACUUCCACUCGCCUACACUUUGACCAGCUCUUUAUAUCCGCCCGCAGUACGUGACCGGACUUAGCAGCACAAAUACGCACAAUCGACCCGGGUGGAAUUAGGCACGUCGAAGUGAGUAUAAAUCUCUGCUGCUCCCACAAGUCUGCAGUCCACGUCUUGCAAGAAAUCUCCGACAAGUUUCAAUCCGGAACAACAUCAUGGCAGGAGUCGUCGACAAAGCCAAAGCGGCCCUCGGGCUCGACAAGCCGGAAAUCAAAGUGGUCGGCGAGAAGAUCGGCAGCACAGGCUAUGGGCUCAUGGGCCUGACCUGGCGCGAAAAGCCUCCAUCCCAGGAGCAGUCCUUCGAAGCAAUGAGAGCGGCGUUGGCCAGCGGUGCCAACUUCUGGAACGGAGGCGAGUUCUACGGCCCGCCGGAGCGCAACUCGCUGCAUCUGCUCAACGAGUACUUCACCAAGUAUCCCGCGGAUGCGAAGAAGGUGGUGCUCAGCGUCAAGGGCGGGGCGGACGUUGGCCGGCCCGUUCCCAAUGGCAGCGCGGCGAACACGAGACGAAGCAUUGAGGAGUGUCUGCGGGUGCUGGAUGGGAAGAAGAAGCUGGACAUUUGGGAGCCGGCGCGGGUUGAUCCCAACACGCCGAUUGAAAUUACGAUGCGCGAGGCAAACCGAUUCGUCGAGGAUGGGAAGAUUGGGGGUAUCAGCUUGUCGGAGUGCAGUGCGCAGACUAUUCGCCGCGCGGCCAAGGAGGCGAAGAUUGUGGGAGUGGAGGUCGAGUUCUCCCUCUGGUCUACGGAGAUUCUAGACAACGGCAUCGCUCAGAUGUGCGCGGAGCUCGACAUUCCCAUUGUCGCCUACUCGCCACUCGGACGUGGGUUCCUCACGGGCCAGGUCAGGAAGCCGGAGGACAUCCCGGAGGACGACAUGCGAAGACACAUGCCGCGUUUCCAGCCAGAGCACUUUGACAAGAACCUCAAGCUUGUAGACGAGCUGGAGAAGCUGGCGAAGAAGAAGAAAUGCACGCCGGGGCAGAUUGGAAUUGCGUGGGUGAAGGCACAGAGUCGCAAGCCGGGCAUGCCUACAUUCAUCCCCAUCCCUGGUGCCACUACUGCGGAACGGGUGAAGGAGAACAUGGUGGAUGUGGAGCUGAGCGAGAACGAUCUGAAGGAGAUUGACAGUCUCAUAGCUGGCAUUGAGAUUUCGGGGGGAAGAUACCCGGAGGGCUUCUUGACGAAAUUGGAGUUUGGAGACAGCCCUACGCUGGAGGAGUUUAACGGGGUCUAGCUGUCCUCGAACGAGAGUAUAUGGACUGAUGGACGUCUGAUGACCUAGCACGGAUUGUCGGCUCGAGAACACCGCAGGCUUGUCUUACAGCACCUCCGUCUGCCCAUCAAUAUUCAAGUGAAGUCAAAAUGGUAAUCG